UCCUGGGAUUUUUAAUGACCACAGAGUUCAGGGUCUCAGUUCACCUGAAGGAUGGUGGAGGUUUUUUUUAAAAAAAAAUUUUUUUAUAGAGUAUAGUGUCCCCAUCAAUAUACUGGGGCAUUAGGGCCACAGGGUGAGUUCCCCCUGCUGGCUUCCCUAAUACCUCUUCCAGCAGCAACCUUCCUUUUCUCAAGAAGGUCUCCCAUCCAGGUACUGACCAGGUUCAACACUGCUUAGAUUCAGGGGGCAACCGGUCUUGAGCUACAGGGUGAUAUGGCUGCUGGCAUGUUAUGUUUUGUUUUGUUUUUUAGAUUUGUGCAUCUGUGAAGGGUUGGCCGGAGGGUCACGUCACACGGUAUGAAUCCAUCCAUUGGUUAAACACAAGGGUAUGCUGCUCCCCCACCCCCAUGGUUUAGUUUUACACCCAAAACAGUAAAUAAUAUUUUGACCAAUCAGCUUAACAAAGCGUAUACCGUCGAGAAACACUUAUACAUUUGUCCUAUGCAUGUUUAGUCGCCUUUCGCGAUUGCUUUUACUAGUAGUUUCAUUUGCGGUGUUUUCUUUUGCAUCACUUUUCGAGACAAUGGAGUCACUCCGCCAUCAGCGCUUACAGCCCGGUAUCGGAUACGGAGCGAGUGCGACCGGGACUCUUCGAUCCCUGCGGCCCGGCGUAACCGGUACUCUUUCUUCGGCGCAGUCUUCCCAUAUGUCGGUGUCUGCCUCCCCGGGGCCGCCGCCACCACCGCCGCCCCUGCAGCUCCACAGCCUCGGGUCCGGUUUCAUGGGCAGCACGGGGUUCGGUUCGGUGGACAUGGCGACGGCGGGUCUGGGUCUAUCCAAUCCCACCAAUCCGGCGGUGCUGAGAGAGGCGGUGGACGCGGUGGUCCGGAGCUUUGCGAAACACACGCAAGGAUACGGCAGGGUGAAUGUGGUGGAGGCCUUACAGGAGUUCUGGCAGAUGAAGCAGUCACGGGGCGCAGAUCUGAGGAAUGGAGCUCUGGUGGUGUAUGAGAUGGUCCCAUCCAAUAACCCCCCCUACGUGUGCUAUGUCAGUCUUCCUGGAGGCAGCUGUUUUGGGAGUUUUCAGUUCUGCCCAACCAAAGCUGAAGCACGACGGAGCGCAGCCAAAAUUGCGCUAAUGAAUUCUGUUUUCAAUGAACAUCCAUCUCGCCGCAUCACAGAUGAAUUCAUAGAGAAGAGCGUGUGUGAGGCUCUAGCUUCCUUUAAUGGAAACCGAGAAGAAGCCGAUAAUCCCAGUACAGGCAUCGGUGCCUUUCGAUUCAUGUUAGAGUCAAACAAGGGAAAAUCUAUGCUUGAGUUCCAAGAACUCAUGACAGUUUUCCAGCUGCUCCACUGGAACGGUAGUCUCAAAGCCAUGAGAGAAAGACAGUGCUCCCGUCAGGAAGUUCUUGCUCAUUACUCUCACCGAGCGCUCGAUGACGAUAUGCGUACACAAAUGGCGGCUGACUGGGUCAACCGAGAUCACGCUUUAUCUGGUACCAUCAAUCGGGAACUUGCCACUACAGAACGUGAACUGGAAGAGGCCCGUCUGGCUGGACGAGAGCUUCGGUUUUAUAAGGAAAAGAAGGACAUUCUGCUAAUGGCGGUGGGGCAGCUAGGUGGGUCAAACACUACAACUCUGCCUUGCACAUGCUGAGAACAUGAAGAACAACUAACAUGGCAUGCGAUUGUGACAGACCAGUACCAGAGAAGUCUCAUAUAGCACUCCAAAACUCAAAACAGCCUUUUUAAAUGUGUGUGUGUUUGUGUGCAAGAAGGAGUCAAUGAUUCAGCAUUGUGGAUAGCUCCACUGACAAAACAAUGUCAAUGAACCAUCUGUUUCUGUCAGUGGAGAAUUUUUUUUUUUUAAAGGUCUAAACAAAUAGUGCAUUUUAAACUUGAAACCGAAUCAAGUGCUAUAUUGCUGCAUUAUUACAAUAUUAGUGUUAUCCUCCAGUAUUAUCAUCAUAGAUUGACUGUACUGGCACAUGGACCUACUGUGUCUUGAGUCGGAGAGUCAGUUUUGUAUGAGGCCUUUUUCAAAAAAACAUUUGCAUUGUAGUCCUCUUGAAUUCUGUAAUGCAUGGGCGCUGCUUUUUUUUUUAGCUAAACACCAAAGCGCUGCCCAUUUGUUUAUCUAAGGAGAUGCAGGUGGUUGGUGACAUUAGACUAGUAAAUUUAGAUAUUCUAUGUUUAUAGUCUCAAAAUAGGCUUGCUCGUUUAUUUGACACAUAUGCGCUUUAGGUGAAUGUACAAACCUUUGCUUUGUAGUGAUACUUCUAAAGAGACAGUUUACCCAAAAAUGAAUAUUCUCUCAUCAUUUACUCACCCUCAUGCCAUAACAGAUGUGUCUGACUUUCUGUCUUCUUCUGAACACAAACAAAGAUUUUUAGAAGAAUAUCUCAGCUCUGUUGGUCAAUACAAUGCAAGUGAAUGGUGACCAAAACUUUGAAUCUCAAAAUAGCACAUAAAGUCAUCAUAAAAGUAAUCCAUCAGACUCCAGUGGUUUAAUCCAUGUCUUCUGAAGCGAUCGAAGCGAUUUUGGGUGAGAACAAAUCAAAAUAUAACUCUUCCAAGCACCAUCUAGCGAUCACCGCAUGCGUCAAACGCUAGGAAGUAUAAUCAAGCUUGAAAUCAUGAUCAUGCCUAGAGACUGCAAUGGCAUGAUUUACAGUGAAAAAGGAAUUACAAUUUGGUCUGUUUUCACCCAAAACCUAUUAGAUAACUUUAGAAGGCAUGGAUUAAACAACUAAAGUUAUAUGGAUUACUUUUAUGCUGACUUUAUGUGCUUUUUGGAGUCCUGUCCACCAUUUACUUGCAUUGUAUGGGCCUGCAGAGCUGAGGUAUUCUUCUAAAAAUCUUUGUUUGUGUUCUGCGGAAGAAAGAAAGUCAUACACAUCUGAGAUGGCAUGAGGGUGGGAACAAUUUUUUGGGUGAACUAUCCCUUUAAGCGCAUGUAAACACAUACAUAUGCAUUUAUUUUAUGUUAACCAAACUUUCACAGUAGUUAAUUCCAUGAGGGUUGAAAACCUUGCCAUAGUUAGAUUUUCUCAGAUUGUCAAAGCACCUUUUACACUGACCAUUGCCUUCAACCUAACAAUAGAAGCUGUGUAAUAUUAAAACUCCACACAAUGCACUGUUUUCAGAGUUGUCCCCUGAUUAGGAUGCCUUCUGUUAUUUUUUGCGAUUGUAGAGCAGUCACGCUCAUUUCAAGGCAACAUUUACUUUCUACCUCCUUUCUGAAAGCUUUUAUAUGCAUUUGUGAACAUUUAUUACCACAUAAAUGGUGUGGUUUGGAUUGAAAUGCAUCACUUCACUCAGAAUAACACAGUAGUAAAACCAGAUAUGCCAUUUUAUAGACACAUUGUUGCAAAAUGCAAAAGUCCUCAAAGUCUAUUAUGCUUAUGAAAUUAUAACUUGAAAUCAUGAAAAUAUAAUCUUCCAUCAAAAUUCAUAAUCAUAAUUUUAUAGUAUUACAGAAUGAGUUACUGGGUGAAGUGAUGAUGUAAAUUCAAUACUAUAGCAAAGAAGCAAGGCUGUCAAUGUGUUGAUCAUUUCAAGCAGACCAAGUCACAUUGUUCAGUAUUAGGGGUCACAACAGCAUGUUGCUGCUGAACUAUAAAAUUUUAAACCACACUCAUUUCAUCUUUGAAUUGCCAAGCACCUUUAAGAUGCUGUUUACAUUGAAAAAUUCAGCUUAAACAGACUUGUCUCCUUUAAUAUGUCCAUAAUGUUUGCUUUU